CUUUAGUUUAGUCGCUGGAACGUGAAUAGUGGAAAAACGUACCCGAAUGUGGAAUUUACAACAGUGAAAUAAAUAGAAAUUGUACUUACAAAACGGAAUAAAUAAAUUAUUUAUCAAAUAUGGAGCUAAAUGAUGUGAUUGUAAACCAGCCCGUCGUAAUUGACAAUGGCUCCGGUGUGAUCAAAGCCGGUUUCGCUGGCGACCAGAUCCCAAAAUGCAGAUUCCCAAACUAUAUCGGACGACCUAAGCAUGUCAGAGUGAUGGCUGGUGCGUUAGAAGGAGAACUCUUUGUCGGUCCUAGAGCUGAAGAGCACCGAGGACUCCUCAGCAUCAAGUAUCCGAUGGAACAUGGCAUCGUUACCGACUGGAAUGACAUGGAGAGAGUGUGGAACUAUAUUUAUAGCAAGGAUCAACUAUCAACAUUCUCCGAGGAGCAUCCAGUUCUGCUGACGGAGGCACCCUUGAACCCUCGACGGAAUAGAGAGAAAGCUGCUGAAGUAUUCUUCGAGACCUUCAACGUACCAGCACUAUUCCUGUCCAUGCAAGCGGUGCUUAGUUUAUACGCGACCGGUCGUACGACGGGCGUUGUCUUGGACUCCGGUGACGGGGUCACGCAUUCGGUGCCCAUCUACGAAGGUUUUGCGAUGCCCCACAGCAUUAUGAGGGUCGAUGUCGCCGGGAGGGAUGUCACUCGAUACUUGAGGUUACUCCUCCGUAAAGAGGGUGUCAACCUCCGCACAUCAGCUGAGCUCGAAAUAGUCAAGUCAAUCAAAGAGAGGGCCUGCUACCUCUCACCGAACCCUCUUAAAGAGGAAACGUUGGAAACUGAGAGGGCACAGUACACACUCCCUGACGGUACCGGAUUAGAGAUUGGUCCAGCUCGCUUCCGAGCCCCCGAAGUUCUCUUCCGACCUGAUCUCAUCGGCGAAGAGAGCGAAGGUCUACACGAAGUUCUGAUGUUUGCUAUACAGAAGUCCGAUAUGGAUUUACGUAAAGUUUUAUACCAGAAUAUUGUUCUAAGCGGAGGUAGCACCCUCUUCAGAGGUUUCGGAGAUCGCCUCCUCGCCGAGAUCAGGAGGCUAGCGCCCAAAGACAUGAAGAUUAGGAUCUCAGCACCUCAAGAACGUCUCUACUCGACAUGGAUAGGGGGGUCGAUUCUAGCUUCGCUCGACACAUUCCGUAAAAUGUGGGUCUCUAAAAGGGAAUACGACGAAGAAGGCCACAGAGCUGUUCACCGCAAGACUUUCUAGUUUAUUUAAAUAUAUAUUUUAGUUAUAUUAUAUUAAAAUAGUAUUUUCUAAGCUUUCACACAGUCUUAAUCGCAUCAGUUCUAAUAGUCGUUCAAACAGCCAGUUUAAAAAU